GAAGGGUUUCUUAAGACUGUGGUUGAAGAAAAUGAGGCCUAUCUUUUGCGGAAACUUGGAGUUUGACUCGCGCCAGACUGAGGUUGAGCGGCUCUUUAGAAGAUAUGGCAAGGUUGAGAGGGUUGAUCUAAAGUCUGGAUUUCCUGGAAUGUCCAUGCUCUUCUUGGAUGGAUGUGGUUCUCCGCAUUUCUUUUUUAGAUGUGACCAGGCUUCAUCUUGUUGUAUUUUUCCAGAAGAAUUAAUCUGAUCUGCCUUAGCCCUGCCAUCCGACAUUCCAUCAGACACCAUUGCUUUUUCAUUCCUCAUGACUUUUGCUCAGUGUUCAAUUUCAGACAUGUAUCACCAGUUACAUAGUAGCAUCAUGACAUUGCAGCCAUUGCAGGGUUUGCUUUUGUUUAUAUGGAAGAUGAGAAAGAUGCUGAGUAUGCUAUUAGAAGACUUGACAGAACAGAAUUUGGUAGAAAGGGACGUCGACUGCGUGUGGAAUGGACUAAGCAGGAACGUGGGGUCAAGAGAUCUGGUGAUUCAAAACCUUCAGCCAACACUAAGCCAUCAAAAACCCUAUUUGUAAUUAAUUUUGAUCCAGUUCAUACAAGAACAAGAGAUUUGGAGGACCACUUUGAGCAAUAUGGAAAAAUAUUGAACAUAAGGAUAAGAAGGAACUUCGCAUUUAUUCAGUUUGAAUCACAAGAAGAUGCUACCAGGGCAUUGGAUGCAACAAACCUGAGCAAGUUUAUGGAUAGGGUGAUUUCUGUUGAGUAUGCCAUUCGUGAUGAUGAUGAUAGGAGAAAUGGCUACAGUCCUGAUAGAAAAGGUCGUGAUGCAUCUCCUGAAAGAAGCUAUGGUCGUGGGAGGUCUCGUAGUCCAUAUCGUAGAGAUAGGGAAAGUCCCGACUAUGGCCGUGGAUCUCAUGGUUCCAGACCUGAUUCAAGAAGAAGUCCUGGUUAUGAUAGAGGAAGAAGUCCUGGUUAUGAUAGAGGGAGAAGUCCUGGUUACGAUAGGGGGAGAAGUCCAGUUAAUGACAGAUACAACAGGUAUAACAAGGUUCUGCAUUUGUGUAGUUUUAGAGGUUUACUUUUUCCAUUUGUUGUUAUAUCCUUCUGUUUGGUUCUUUCCUGAAAAUUUCAACAAAAUAAUACAACUGAGAACUGUAGACAUAUUAAUGAAAACUGUAAUUAUAGAAAAGAUUCUGAACU